AUGGUGGGUAAACAUAUGCACAAGAAAAAAAUGUCCGAAUAUACGGAAAAUGAGGACUACAAAAGUGAUGCGGACGGUGGCGAUGAUGAUGUGGGAGAUAAAGAGUACCGGGUCAGUGGCAGCGAUGGCUCGGAAAAUGGCGAUGCAGCCAAAAAUGAUGUUGGUGGUAAAACGAAUGAACGCGAUGACGACGAAGAGACUACACUGGGCGAAGAUGAUGAUCUUGCCCAGGGUUUGAACAGUUAUUCACAUGGCGAUGGAGAUGAUGGUGGCAGCCCGGCCGAGGACAACGAUGAUGAUGAAGAUUAUGGUGCCGAUAACGCCAAAAAGUCCAAGAAACGUAAAACCGCUGGUGCCAAAAAAUCACUGGACACCAAUGAAAGUGAUGAUGAGGCGCUAAAUGGUGUUUCGCCGAAAAAGAAGGGACGCAAAUCCGGCAAAGCUGGUGGUGCUGCUGCUAAAACUCCGGCCAAAGGAAAAGCUAAAGCCAAGAAGGCUGCACCCGUUGAUGACGAAGAAGAAGAUGAUGGUGGCGAGGAGGAGGAAUAUGAAGUCAAAGAUAUUGUUGGACACAAAACAGAACGUGGUGUUUCAUAUUUCCUGAUAAGAUGGAAGGGCUACACCAAGGCCGAUGAUACUUGGGAAGCUGAAGAUAGUCUUAAUUGUCCGGAUAUAAUCGAGAAGUAUAAGAAAAAGCAAGCUGCUGCCACCUCACCGAAAAAAGGUGCAACGCCCGCCUCGAAAAAAGGUAAAAAAGGUGCUGCUGUCGCUUCCGCCGCCAAAGGCAAUAAAAAUGCCAAAAAACAAAAUGAUGCCGAUGAAGAUGAUGACGAGGAACAAGAAUGGGAAGUCGAGAAAAUUAUCGAUUAUGCUGAAGAGAAAAAGGGCCGCGUAUUCCGUAUACGCUGGAAAGGUUUCGGUCCCAAACAUGACACCUGGGAGCCAGAAGCAAAUCUUAAUUGCAAAGACAUUAUCGAUAAAUUUAUGAAACGUAUGAAAUCGGAAGAGAAUGUCUCCUUUAAAGAGCUACGUGAAGAACCGAAAAAGACUAAACGUUUGGUAAAUGAGACAGCACCACGUACCAAUAUACACAAUCCGAUUGGGCGUAAAUCGAAACGUGGUGGCAACAAGCAAAGAGUUUACUAUGGCGAGGAUGAUUAA